CAUAGUUCACUUGAGAUUAGUAUCAAAUUCAAUUGAAGUAAAACGAUGAUGAUACAAACGGAAAAUGUUAAAAUCGAUCAUGCCCUGGACAUCUGCUACUCCAUGGAGGACGACUUGAACGAGUGCCUGGACAUUGUGAAGACCCUGAAUCGGAAGUACAAUGCUCCCGGGCGCUAUUUCAUUUCCAUGGACCCCUUCAAACAGGACUAUCCGCUGUUCAGCCACGAGUCUACGGAUAUGGAUGCGUCGUCCCUGCGGAGCGUUGACUCGGAACUUGAGAUGCUCAGUCAACUUUACGGUGCCAGAAGUGCCCAGGAGCUGGACGAGUCCUAUGUGGAUGUUCGCUACAAGUUUAUCAAACUAAAGCGCGACUUUGAGGGUACUCUGAUCCAUUGCCAGAGGAUCAUCGACUUUGCGGAUCGCCAGGAGAAGAUUACUCAUCGAAUGCUGAAGAAUUCGCGUAGCCGCAAGACGAAGUUGUGCCGUCACUAGGAAUGCAAAUUCCUGCCAACUAUUUCAUCAAACUUUGGGGGCGUGUGUAAAUUGUAAAUUGCGUCGACACUUGGCAGCUUUUAUUAAAAAUUACUGUCACCAUUA